GAGUCUAGUAAAAAACCUCUACCUCUCCUUUGACUUCAACAAAAAUAAAUACGGAGCAUAGCAAAACAUUUCGCGGGCGCUCUAAUGCGUGAGCGAAGGAUCCGCACAAAAAUUUGAUAAACUGUGUAGAUAUAGGUAUAAAGAUGGCCGGCGGCUAUGUUAGAUCGGAUGAUGAUUACGAUUACCUGUGCAAGGUGGUGCUGAUUGGUGACUCCGGCGUCGGAAAGUCGAAUCUGCUGUCCCGGUUCACACGGAACGAGUUCAACCUCGAGUCAAAGUCCACCAUUGGCGUCGAGUUCGCCACCCGCAGCAUCCGUGUUGACGACAAGGUCGUCAAGGCUCAGAUUUGGGACACCGCUGGUCAGGAAAGAUACCGUGCCAUUACAAGUGCAUACUAUCGAGGGGCUGUUGGGGCAUUGCUUGUAUAUGAUGUUACCCGUCAUGUGACAUUUGAGAAUGUUGCGAGAUGGUUAAAAGAGCUAAGAGAUCACACAGACCAGAACAUUGUCAUAAUGCUGGUGGGAAAUAAGGCCGACUUACGCCACUUGCGGGCUGUUUCCACUGAGGAUGCAAAGGCAUUUGCUGAAAGAGAGAAGACCUUCUUUAUGGAAACAUCCGCUCUUGAGUCCUUGAAUGUUGAGAAUGCUUUCACAGAAGUUUUGACACAGAUUUAUCAUGUCAUCAGUCGGAAAGCACUUGAGGUUGGGGAUGAUCCUGCGGCUCCACCAAAGGGGCAAUCCAUAGAUGUUGGGGGCAAGGCUGAUGUUUCAGCCCUAAAGAAUGUCAACUGCUGCUCCGUCUGAACACUCAGAGCCUACUUACCCGUAUAUGCAUUCGCCCUCGGCAUUCCCGUUUUUUCCCAACUGUUAUUGUGAGAAAUGUAGUGUUUUUCAAUUAUAGCCUCAACUCUUUGCCGGAGGAUGAUGUCCCCUCAAGCAUUUCAUAUGUAUUGUUUCAUUUGUAUAUCGUUCAGACUUAAGAACUUUAGGAGCUGCUAAUAGCUUUAAAAAUUUCUAUUUACUUUUGCUGGUAAGAAACCGCUUUUCACGUUUAUUCAAAAUCAUUCCCAGGUUGUCGGAUGAUUGAGACACAUUGAUGUAAUCUCUAUUGUACUACGCUUCUAGUCUAAUACG